AUCCUGCUCCCGACCACCUUAUCCGUAACACUUUGUGUUUCUGUGUGAGAGAAGCCGACUCUUGUUUACAGCAGCGAUUCCACGGAGGAGCGGCGGAGACCCGUAGUGUGCUUUAACCGAGGGCGGACCGUGGGAUUUCAGCCUGUGGAUACACACGCGACGGGAGUUUUUCUUUUUCUCUUUUGUGCGAAGCUAUAAAGGCAAAACAAGAAACACUCUUGGAGAGCAACUCCUUAGACAUAUUCUCCCUCCCCACUCCAGCCGAGGUCGUCUAGCUGGAGAGCUGGAGACCCAUUCUCUUGCGUGGCACAAGUCUGGUAUUUUCUUUCAGUUGCAAAUCCCGACUGACGGCGGAGAUAAGUCGGAGCUGAGGGGCUGAAAAUUUGCUGAUUUUGUUUUUUUUUAAAGCAACUUCUCAUUGCGAGCCAGGACUGCUUGGUUUGGGGGGGUCGAUAGAUCCUGCUGUUUGAAUAGCAUACGGAAAAACAGGUUUUUCAUUCAUUUUUCAACCUCACAGCCACCACCCCUGUGGAUCUGUACGCGUUUUCAGCCCACCACCUCCUCACACACACUUAUUCACACGGGGGAUUCUUGUGAGCGACACUGGCUUUAAUUUAUUAUGGUGGUAAAGGCUGCUAAGAUUUAAGUCUGAUUUUUUUUUUUUUGUUGUUGUUGUAUUAACGGGCCUGGUCGCGCUGUGUAGGCUACGCGCAUGCUGUUUUUAAGAGAUGGAGAAUGAAGAUGGGGAUUGCUAUCAUUUAUUCAGUAAAAUCAUGGCUUGUGUGCCAUACCAGCCAACGUCAAAGCAUCCUGUGACUGGCAAAAAUAGCAGAGUGUUUUAGUAUUCCACCCCCCAACGUUUAAAUAUUUUUUGUACACAUUUAUAUAUAUGUUUAGAGCAAAUCCAGACAGAUAAGCGACCACGCAUCAGGAUAUCAGAAGCUUUUGGGCUACGAGGCACUUGUUUUCUCUUUUUCUCCUUUUUUUAAAAAUUUUUUUGUGCGAAGGCUCUGAUUUAUUGAGCUGAUGUGCACAACUUAAAUACUUUUACUUCCUUUUUACUCUCAUUAUUUUUAUUUUUUCUUGAAGAGGAGAAUAAUGUUCAGGAACGUAAAAUCAGAAGCACCGAUGGGUGGCCCGAUCUUGUUUUGGGGUCUGAUGCUGUCUGUCUCCACUAUCUGCAUAUGGUCCACAUAUGGAGAGAUCUGUGGCCCGGAUAUCGACCUCCGAAACGACAUCGAUCAAUUUAAGCGUCUUGAGAACUGCACGGUGGUGGAGGGCUACCUGCGCAUCCUCCUCAUCAACGAAAAGACCAGCAACAACAGCCAGCAGGAGGACUUCCGCUCCGUCAGCUUCCCGAAAUUGACCGUCAUCACCGGCUACCUGCUUCUGUUUCGUGUCUCGGGCCUCGAUAGCCUCAGUGUGCUCUUCCCCAACCUGAGCGUCAUUCGUGGGCACAACCUCUUCUACAACUACGCCCUCGUGAUCUAUGAGAUGACCAGCUUAAAAGACAUUGGGCUUUACAACCUGAGGAACAUCACCCGUGGGGCCAUGAGGAUUGAAAAGAACCCUGAGCUCUGCUACCUGGACUCGGUGGACUGGUCAUUUAUUAUGAAUACUGAGUUCAACAAUGUUAUCAACGGGAACAAGAAGGCAAAGGAAUGUGACAACGUCUGCCCGGGGAUCAUGGAGGAUAACCCUCUUUGUCAGCAGACGACGUUCAAUGACAAUCGUAACUACCGCUGCUGGACAUCCAACCAUUGCCAGAAAGUUUGCCCGAAGCAAUGUAGGCUUGCCUGUACUGACAAGGGGGAGUGUUGCCACAACCAGUGCCUCGGUAGCUGCACCGAACCCAACAAUGACAUGUCCUGCUCCGCCUGUCUCCACUACUACCACGAGGGUCGGUGUGUCCCAAACUGUCCCCCGGGCACCUACAAGUUUGAGGGCUGGCGCUGCAUUACCAUGGAACUGUGCGCUCAAGUGCAUCUGGCCAGCGAUUUUCACUUUGUUAUCCACGAUGGAGAGUGUAUGCUCGACUGUCCCUCUGGCUUCACACGUAACGAGACUAAUCGUAUGCUAUGCAGUGCUUGUAAUGGCCCGUGUGAUAAGGUCUGCAGAUCCACUGUCAUCGAUUCUGUGAAUGCUGCCGAGUUCCUGCAGGACUGCACCGUCAUCGAUGGCAAUCUGGACAUCAAUAUCCGCCGUGGAAAUAAUAUAGCCCCCGAGCUUGAGAGAUUCAUGGGAUUGAUCCAGACAGUGAUGGGCUAUGUUAAGAUUCGACACUCCGACGCUCUUGGCUCGCUGUCCUUCCUCAAGAGCCUACGUUACAUCAAGGGGCAGGAACUCAUCGACAACAUGUAUUCAUUCUCCGCCAUCAACAAUCAGAAUCUGAAGUACUUGUGGAACUGGACUGAGCACAACCUGACUAUUAGCAGUGGACGUCUAUUCUUCCGUCAGAACCCCAAACUCUGCAUGUCUGAGAUCUACAAGAUGUGGGAUAAAACUGGCAUAGCUGUGAAGCCAGAGGAAGGGGAUUUCCGCAACAAUGGUGAAAGAGCCAAUUGUGAAAGCCAUAUCUUGAAAUUCAAAUCCAACAUCACAUCCAGCCAUGUGAUCAAUCUGACAUGGGAGCGCUACCAGCCCCCCAAAAAUGGAACCCUUAUCAGCUUCAUCAUUUACUACAAGGAAUCUCCUUUCCAGAACAUCACUGAGUUUGAUGGCCAAGAUGGCUGUGGCUCAAAUAGCUGGCACAUGGUGGAUGUGGAUCUUCCUAAAGAUAAUAACAAUGACCCAAAUGUCAGACUUCAGCACCUCAAGCCUUGGACUCAGUAUGCUAUUUUUGUGAAGGCCAUCACCCUGCAAGAGAGCGACAAAGAUGCCACUGGAGCAAAGAGUGACAUCAUUUAUAUUCGCACACACCCAUCGUUGCCGUCUGUGCCUAAAGAUGCCCGUGCAUAUGGUAAUUCCUCAACAAAGCUGGUGGUGAAGUGGUCACCUCCACUUUUGCCCAACGGCAAUCUCACUUACUACCUGGUCCGCUGGCAGCGUCAAGCUGAGGAUAGGGAGCUCUACCAACAUGACUACUGCUCCAAAGACUUGAAGAUCCCAAUCCGAAUCCCGGCGACGGAGCUCACAGACAUGGAAGAGAACACAAAGCCCACAAAGUCAGACCUAGCAGGGCCAGAAAAGGUCCUGUGCUGUGCUUGCCAGAAGACACCAGAAGAGAAGGACCGUGAGAAGGACGACCGUGUCUUCUUGAAAGUUUUUGAGAAUUUCCUCCACAAUUCCAUCUUUCUGGCAAGACCUCAAGAACGUCGGCGCAGAGACCUUUCUGGUACAGCAAACAACACACUGUUUUAUGAGGGCGGCAGAGGGAAUACCACUCUCGGCGCAGGGGAUAACAGUACAGAUGGCAUUCCUCCUAACGUAGAGUUCCCCUUCACUGAAGACAAGAGCACAACAGAGUAUUUAGAGAUCCCCAAUCUGCGGCCCUUCACCGUCUACCGCAUUGAUAUCCAUGCGUGCAACGAGGUGGUGGGGAAGUGCAGCGCUGGAGCUUUCGUCUUCUCCAGGACCAAACCUGCAGUCAAAGCGGAUGACAUCCCGGGCAAGGUGAUUUUUGAGAGGUGUGACAAAAUCGAGGGGUGUGUGGUGCUGCACUGGCCAGAGCCCGUUAUGCCCAAUGGACUCAUCUUGAUGUAUGAGAUCAAGUUCCGCCUGGGUAAUGAGCCUGAGAAGCACAAGUGUGUGUCGCGACAGGAUUACCGCCGGUACAAAGGAGCUCGACUAACCAACCUUGGCUCGGGGAACUACUCCGCCCGAGUGCGUGCCACUUCCCCGGCAGGAAACGGCUCCUGGACAGAAAGUGUUUUCUUCUAUGUGUCUCCACCUAAACGUGAUGACGGUGUUAUGUUGUAUGUGGUCAUCAUAAUUCCCAUCAUUGUGACAAUUUUUAUCGCCAGCCUCAUCACCAUCCUCUUCUAUGUGAACAAAAAGAGGAACAGUGACAGACUGGGGAACGGCGUCCUGUAUGCAUCAGUCAAUCCAGAGUACCUCAGUGCUACUGAGAUGUAUGUCCCAGAUGAGUGGGAGGUAGCAAGGGAGAAGAUCACUAUGCACAGGGAACUGGGCCAGGGAUCCUUCGGCAUGGUGUACGAAGGCAUCGCAAAGGGAGUAGUGAAGGACGAACCUGAAACGAGAGUGGCCAUCAAGACGGUCAAUGAGACGGCCAGCAUGAGGGAGCGAAUUGAGUUUUUGAACGAGGCCUCUGUCAUGAAGGAGUUCAACUGUCACCAUGUGGUGCGGCUGCUUGGCGUGGUCUCUCAGGGACAGCCAACCUUAGUGAUUAUGGAGCUGAUGACUCGCGGAGAUCUCAAGAGCCACCUGCGCUCCCUGCGCAAAGAAAACGCCACCAGCCAGGUCUUACCCCCACUCAAAAAGAUGAUCCAGAUGGCUGGAGAAAUCGCAGACGGUAUGGCGUACCUAAACGCCAACAAAUUUGUCCACAGAGAUCUGGCAGCGAGGAACUGCAUGGUAGCAGAGGACUUCACUGUGAAGAUUGGAGAUUUUGGCAUGACCAGAGAUAUUUAUGAGACGGACUACUACCGAAAAGGAGGAAAGGGCCUGCUGCCUGUCCGCUGGAUGUCUCCAGAGUCACUGAAAGAUGGCGUGUUUACUACAAUGUCUGAUGUCUGGUCAUUUGGUGUCGUGCUGUGGGAAAUCGCCACCUUAGCUGAACAGCCUUACCAGGGGAUGUCUAAUGAACAAGUGCUGCGCUUUGUCAUGGAGGGAGGACUCUUGGACAAACCUGACAACUGCCCUGACAUGCUGUUUGAACUGAUGCGAAUGUGCUGGCAGUAUAACCCUAAGAUGCGUCCGUCCUUCUUGGAGAUCAUCAGCAGCAUCAAAGACGAACUGGAUCCUCCCUUCAGGGAAGUGAGCUUCUUCUACAGCGAGGAGAACAAGCCGCCGGACACAGAGGAGCUGGACAUGGAGGUAGAAAACAUGGAGAACAUUCCACUGGACCCUUCAUCCGUGAGGCAGCCGUCGACUGCUGUCAUUUCCUCGUCUGGGUGUGCAGGAGGCAUGUCUCCUCCUUCUACGCAUCAGUUAUCCCCCAUGCAAGGCCCGAGUACGCCAUUACUGGGACCUGUUUCUAACUCUCCUCCCGGCCCACUUGCUUCAGCCUUGGCGUCUCCAGGACUAGCCUUGGACAAGCACUCAGGACAUGCUUCGGCCAACGGGCCUGUCGUGGUGCUGCGGCCCAGUUUUGAUGAGAUACAACCCUAUGCACACAUGAACGGGGGCAGAAAGAACGAACGGGCGCUACCACUGCCCCAGUCAUCAGCCUGCUGAUAUCAGACCAGCCCUCUCCUCCUUCCCCUUUUACACAGGGUAUCACAGACCUCUCAUCUGUCUCUUAAGGAGGGAUGGAUGAGGUAAGAAAUUGCUUUCUUCUACUGUUUGCCAGUAGAUGGUCUCUCCACUCUUAAGGUCAAACAUAAACUCGGAAGAAAUGGAAAACAAGAUAGCACAGAGCAAUUGGUGGCUCAAGCUCAACACUGGGAAACUCCAUCCUGCGCAGCCUGUAUCUGAGUCUUUGUUAUGUAAGAGUCCUUAAAGAAGGAAAACGAUACAGGCAUGUAUCCUGACUUACAGAUUUACACAUGAACUUUAAGAAAAUCUUUUUUUUU